CAAAGCCACGAGGAGACGGGCGGCAGGCGGAGCGCCAGCCCAAGCGGAGGCAGAAGAGGCGGGAAGAGCCAGAGAGGGAGACCGGAGAAAGACGCAGGCCAAGAGGCAGGGGGCCGGGGACAGACCGCAGGACGCGCGGGAGAGAGGCCCAGGCGGAGGAGGGGGAGCAGGCAGAGGGGGACACAAGAGAGGAACAGCAGAAGAGAGAGCAGGACGAGGGACCGGAAGAGACGGGGAGAGCACCAGCAAGACGCCGGGAGGGGGGGGAGCGGCAGAGGGAACGGCCACGGCGGCGGGAGGGGCGCAGAAGAGACAGGCGGGACGACGGGCGGGCAGGCCACCAGGCCAGCACGGGGGAGAAGAGCCGGCAGGGACCGGGGGGGGAGAAAAGCAGACCGCCAGAGAACGGGACAGGGGCAGAGCCCAAGAAGAAAGAAGGCACACCCAGAGCACGAACCGGAAACGCAAGGGCGAAGGGAGCAAGAAGAGCAGGAACACGAGCGGAGGCAGAACCCAGAAGAAAAGGGCAGCAACAGACACCAAGAAAGAAAGACGAAGAGGGGCACGAGAAGAGAGAAAAAGAGACACAGCCGGCGGAGAAGGCGAGAAGCCCACAGAGACAAGAAAAGCAGGGAAGCCGGGGGAACCAGGCACGGGGAGCCGGGGGAGACCGGAGAGAGAGGGGGGAAGCAAACAGACAGGAGCAGGGAACGACGGAGCCGCAGAACCAGGGGGCGGGCGCAGGGAAACAGGGGCAGCGAGCGCGCCAGGGAAAAAAGGCGGGGGAAGAGCCAACGGGCGAAGAGACCACCCACGAGAGACGGCGAAAGAGAAGAGAAGACGAACCGGAGGGGGCGGAACCACAGGACGAAAGGGCGCAAAAAAGGCCGCGCCAGCAACCGGAGGAAAACCCGGGGCGACGAACCGGGCGGGAGGACGGGCGAGGGAACCAGCGGCCGGCCGGGGGGGGCGGAAAACCCACGGGCAACCAACAACAGGCAGACCGGGGGGAGAGGGAACGAGACGCCACGGGAGGAGGAGGGACCAAGGCAGGGAACGCCGCGGCCAGGGCAGCACGCCACGCAGGAAACGGGACCGCCGGAGAGGAACAGGGAGGCGCAGGAAGAGGAGGACGGGGGAGAGCGAGGGAAACGGAAGGAGGGGACGCAGCAGACAGAACACGAGGAGGCAGGGAGGAAGGAGAGACACAGCAGGGGCAAAAGCAGAGGCCCAAAAACGAGACGGAACAGAGGCGGGAGCCAGGAAGGACGAGGCCGGGCGCAACAACAGGACGAGGGCGGCGGCGACGCGGACCAGGGGGCGCAGGAGGAGACGCACAGGAGGGCCGGGGACGAAGACCGAAGCGAAGCAAGAGGGGAACCAAGCGGGGAGAGGCGCCCCGAAAGCAGAGGGAAAAGAAAGAAGCGGGCGAGAAAAGGAACGGGCAACGAGGGACCGAAACGGAGCAAAGAGAGCAGACAAAGCAGAGGGAGCACGCAGGGGAGAAGACCACAGAGAACGAGGGGAAGCAGCCACAAACAACACAAAAGAGGGAAAGCCAGACGCAGAAAGGAAGGGCGCAGGGCCCCAAAGAGCGGAAGAAAGGAAGGCCAAAGGAGGCGGACGAGGAGGGGCGACACGAGACAAAGGAAAACGAGAAGAGGGGCCGAAGGGACAAGAGGAACAGACAGGGGGAAGAGCACGAGAAGGAAAGGGACCAACAGACGAAGACGCGAAAAGGGGACGGAAGACGCGAGAAGGAGGAGGCCCCAACCGCAGGGGCCAAACGGAAGAGGACGCGGCAGCAACAAAGGCAGCAGGGAAGCAGAAGACGCAGGCCAGGGGAGAGACCCCCAGACGCAGGGCCCGGAAAAAGAACCGGCGGGGGCAAAAGGGCCGGCACAGAGAAACAAAGAGGGGGGAAACGCAAAGAAAACAGGAGGGGCCGGGGCAAAACGCGGGACAGAGAAGAGAGAAGAAGAGAGACCAGGGACAGGCAAAACAGCAGGGAACGGAAAAGACACGAGAAGCAGGAGCGAACGAAGCAGAACCAACAGGAACAAGAGGCAAACCGGGACCAGGGCCGACGCGCAGAGGCGCCGGGCCAGCAGAACGGGGCGCAGAAGGCAGCAAAGAAGAAGCAGGCGGAGCAGGAGGGGGAGCACCAGGGGCAGGGAACCACGGAGGAGGACCGGGGGAAGCACCAGGAGCACCAGAGACGGCCACAGGAGCCGGAAAACCCGGAGCCCCGGAAGAACGCCGAAAACAACACGAAAACAGGGGGCGCCCGGGAGGGGACCAAACAGGGACAAAGGGGACAAUGA